UUCAUACAUAAUAAUCAUUCAUACUAUUUAUUCUUCUCUUCAUCAUAGCUAUGGUUCAACUUUACUCAGAUAUACUUUUAUUGAUUAUGCUCGAAUUACAAGAUGAUCUUUCAUCUUUACAUUCUUGCGUCCUUGUGAAUAGAUCCUGGUCUAAUAUAGCCGUACCUUUCCUAUGGAAAUAUAUCUCUCGUAAUGUAAUUGCCUAUAAUCGUGACAGGGAAUCACGUAUAAAAUUAUAUAAAGUAAUAGCCAAUUUUUUAUCGAUCGAAUCAGAAAACCUUUUGAUCAAAAAUAAUAUUAUACUGCCUUCAUAUAAAUUACCAAGAAAACCAACAUUUGAUUACAUGAAUUGUUUUACUCAAAUCACGACAUUUUGGAUUAAAGACAUGGUGCAACUUUUUAUUGAAGAAGAUUCUAUUCAUAAAAAAAAUUUAUUAGAAAACCAAAUUUACAAUUUAAUUUUCGAAAAUUGUAAAAAUGUGAAGCAUUUUUAUUUAAAUACUGGUAAAGAAUUCUAUAAAUUUCCAAGUGCGGGAUCAUUUUUUUUAAACCUACAAUCUCUUGGAAUUAGUUUUGAAAAUAACAUGGUAACUUCAAAAACAUUAUUCGAACUUGCCACUAUUUGCCAGAAUAUAAAAAAUUUAGAAGUUAAUUAUUGUAAUGAGGAUUCUGAAGGAUUAGCUUCAUUUAUUGAAAUGCAACAUGAUCUGCGGUACUUAUUUUUACAUUUUAUUGAUAAUGAAAACAAAUACCCACUAUUAAGCAAUGCGAUCAAGAAAAAGGCUGCUACAUUGAAAAAGUUUAUAGUAGCACCACUUAUCGAUCCUGACUCAUUUUUAAAUUUAAUAAAUCUACAACAUUUGGAGAUUAUUAAUAAUGAUAGAAAUGAACUUGAUAUCUGUUAUAUGAAUGUAGACUGGAAACAAUGGGAAGAUUGUUUAGAUAAAGUUUGUUUUCCAAAACUUCAAUGCUUUGAAGCUACAUUUAUACAAAGUAGUGUUGAAUGCUUAAUAAUUGAAAAUUCCGAUGAGAACAUUAUAGAAAUUGAUAUAUGCUAUUCACUAGAAUUUCAAGAUUAUCAGGCCGAAAAUUUAAAUUUAAUUAAAGCAAUAGCAAAAAAUUGUCCAAAUUUAAAAAAUUUAAAUUUGGAUAUUGACCCUAGAAAUUUUUGUGAAAUCAAAAGGAUUUUUACUAAUUGCACACAUUUAGAAAAAUUAUCCUUUAAUAUAAAUGUUUCAACACAUUCCGACGUUGGAGACAACUUAUUAGAAAUAAUAAGUAAUGAGUCUCCUUCAUCCUUACGAGAAUUCUCUGGGGAUGAUUGGAAUUUCUCAAAAGAUGGUUUAGAAGCAUUUUUUAAAUGUUGGAAAUGUAAAAAAAGGAACCCUAUUAAAUUUACUCAUCAUGAAAUGGAUUUAUGGCCUGAUGAUCAAAAAAAUGUGGUGUUAAAAUAUAUGAAAGAAGGUGUAAUUAAAUUAUAAAAUUUU